AUGUUGUCCAAUGCUGUCAGACUUGUGCCAUACCUUCGCAACGUGUUCGACACUAGCGAACAAUUGGCCUUGCAGAACAACAACAGACCACUUACUUUUGACGAGUAUGCGUCACUCCUGGAGGCAGCAGCCCAAAACCAUGAUGAGGUCACCAAAGGAUCCAAGCCCAAGCCCAAUCCUAGGAAGGCAUAUGCUACUGAUGUUGUCACCACUGGUGAUCUUGAACCAGAUCCUUGCCCUCCCAUGUUUGACUUCAACAUUGACAUGGACCUUGGCGACUACUAUGCUUACCGCACGUCUUUGUCAUCUGCUCGCAAGACCUUUCUACCUAACGAACUGUGGCAACAAUUAGAUGAUCAAGGUCGACGUGCCUGGCAUCAACUUCCUGAAGCUGCUAAAGCUGUCAUACUUGGUGGUUCCAACAAACCUUUGCCGCCACCACCACCCCCACCGCCCCCACACCGUUCUGUCAACUUGCAUGAUAUGUCGGCCGCUGAUUUCCUUUCUCAGUUUCAGCAUUCGAGCAUGGGGAGUGAUGUAGGUACUCUGACUUCUGAAACGGAUGAAGAGCCCACACCUGACAAACUUUUAGCUCAUGUCACCAAGCACUCUUCCCUACAGCCUGGGGAGCUACAACGUGUCAUGUCAGACAAGUUAGCUUUGGUUCCUGCAACCAAACAUCGCAAAGGCAAACAAGAAGCCAAAAAUCACGAGAUCGUCAUAGAUGGGGUACGGUACAAAGCAUGUGCAACAACUAUUACCUACUCUGUCCUCCGUGUUAGCACUCGCAAGAAUUUGGCUCUAGUUGAUCGAGGUGCAAAUGGUGGAAUCGCAGGUGAUGAUGUCCGCAUCAUUGUCAAAACCAACCGCUCUGUUGAUGUGCAAGGCAUUGACAAUCAUCAAGUGACCAAUGUUACAAUUGCCACUUGUGCCGGCCUCACCAUGACUCAGCGCGGUCCUGCUAUUGUAAUCAUGAACCAGUUUGCUCACAUUGGAAAGGGACAGUCAAUCCUUUCCAGUGCUCAGAUGGAACACUUUGGAAUUCAAGUCGAUGACAAAUCAUCAAAAGUUGGAGGCAAGCAACAGAUCUCCACUCCUGAUGGUUUUGUCAUCCCACUUGACAUCAAGAAUGGACUUCCGUACCUACAUAUGCGCCCUCCAACAGACUGUGAGCUGAGCAACCCGGAAAUUCCCCAUGUCGUGCUCACUUGUGAUGUUGAUUGGGACCCUAGUGUUUUGGAUGUUACCAUUGAUGUGGAUGAAUGGACCAAGUCUAUACCAGACGAUGGGUCUGAAGAAGGUGAAAGGCCAUUGGAUAGGGUAGGCAUCCUCAAGAGCAAUACAACAGUCACUACACUGAGGGAUUCUCCUGCUCUGGAUGAUGCCAUUGACUUCUUUGAAUCCCACCACUGUGUCAUGCCGACAGAUGGUUUGUAUGAAGUGCAUCCCCGACAAGCUUCAGAUCUCGAUUGGUUUGAGUGCAACAUGGCUGAGCUAUUUGAUUUAGACCCCACCUAUGUGACACCAAUCAUACCUCCAGAGUUUGAAGUUUACGAGUCCCAUCGACGACCAUCUGUUCUCUUUGUCCCUGAGGCACCUAUCGACUUUGACAUUGAGUCUACUCCACUGCGAGACAAGCUCAUAGACUCUUCUCACAAGUCGUCAUUCUCUAAACCCCGACGCAGCUCACGCCGCAAGACAUGUUCUGAGGAUGGGAGAUGGAAUUCGAAGGACAAAACGGAACAACCAAGCCCGCCACCACAUGACCCAAAUGCCUAUGAGUCGGUCCCUGUAGUGGAACCUGUCUACAAGAACCCGAGCUCAGCAGUAAAAUUGCGUGAACAUGACUGGGAACGCCUUCGCAAUGAAGGAGUCGCUACAGAUACUGUCUAUGCAGACACACCCGACAUUGAACAUGGUCAUGUAGCGGCACAAUUCUAUGUGGGGAUCUCCUCUCUUGUCAGUGAUGUAUAUGGUGUCAAUACCAAUGCACAAUUCCUUCAGACACUUCAAGAUAAUGUACGAAAACGAGGAGCACCCAGCAAACUUGUGAGCGAUCGUGCGCAGGCUGAGGUUUCCAAGGCAGUGAAGGACUACCUCCGAUGGCUCUGCAUUGAUGAUUGGCAGAGUGAACCACAUCGUCAGAACCAGAACCCGGCUGAACGAAGGUACCAAGACAUAAAGAGACUGGCCAACAGGAUUCUAGAUCGAACUGGAGCACCUCCAAGCCUUUGGCUUUUGGCACUUUGUUACGCUUCUUUUGUCUACAACCACACUGCUGUGCAGAGCUUAGGAUGGCUGACUCCCAUCCAAGUGCUCACUGGCAUUACUCCAGACAUAAGUGUUCUUCUCCGCUUUGCAUUUUAUGAGAAGGUAUACUAUAGAACGGAGGAACCCAGCUUCCCUUCUGAUUCGCCUGAAUCCAUUGGUUAUAUGGUAGGCAUCGCCGAGCAUGUUGGUCAUGCAAUGACAUACAAGAUCCUCAACCCGGAGACAAACAAAAUCCUGUUUCGGUCUGAGAUCCGCUCUGCAGCCUCACCCAAUGACCCCAACAAACGUCUUGAUCCAUCUGAUGGGGAGGAGUUGCCAUCCCCUACAGUAAUCAAAUCCAAAUCAGACAAUGUCAAAUCUGUUGUUUACUCUAGUGAUGAUGAGUCAGAUAAAAAGGACGUUGUUGUCGAGAACAAAGAUCUCAUUGGUCGUACCUUUCUCAUGCAACCCAACGAAGAAGGACAUGUACAUCGUGCCAAGAUCGUGGAACUCAUCGAUAAGCACAAUGACAAGACAACCAACAACCCAGCACAUCUCAAAUUCCGUGUCUGUAUCAACAAUGACCAGUAUGAAGAUGUGAUGGCCUACAAUGAGAUUUUGAAGAGACUGGAAGCUGAUGAAGAGAAUCCAAUUGUUUGGAAGUUCAAGCGAAUCGUGUCACAUCAAGGACCACUUUGA